AUGCUAAAAGAUGCCGAAACUGCACCAGCAGUAUCUGAGGCUCAUCUCUCUGACAUUGACUCUGAUGACCUAGAUGAUGUUCCUCUGGCCCGAUUGGUGAAGAAGGUUACUACACCUGAUGUUGUUCCUGAAAAAUUUACUGAUCAUGUCUUAUCUGAUUACUCUCAAGAGAGUUCGUCGUCUGAGGGUGUGUUCGUCCCUACCCCUGGUCUUCGUCAAACGUCUUCUAUAGAACCAGAACCAUCGCUUUAUUCUUCUCCAAUUCUGUCUCCUAUUUCGGACAUCGCUGCUCCAUCUAAUUCACAUGUUGCUUCGCCUGCUAUAUCUAGCGUACUUGAAGGAGGAACUGAAGCUCGAAGUGAAGAAACCCCUCUUGAUAAUGUCGACGAUGUUGAGCCUGUCGCCCCUGGUGAUCAUAAUGACGAAGUUCCUGUUGCUGAUACUGUCGAUCCAAGUGCUCAACAAGAAACUCUAUCAGUUCCUACAGAACCAAAGCCGUCUAGGAAGAAAGGUCAACAACUUCGACGAAACAUUACUACCAAAGCUGGUCGAAAGAAAAUUCCUCUCAAUAUUCCAUCAGUCCCAAUUGUUGAUGGUAUAUCAUUUCAUCUUGAGGAAAAUGUACAACGUUGGAAAUUUAUUGUGCAACGAAGGAUAGCUAACGACGUAAAUAUUUCAGACAAAUAUCAUUCAUGUGUGAGCAUUAUGAAUCUGAUUGAGAAGGUUGGAUUGUCUAAAACUAUUUUGGAUGUGGGCUCGUUUUAUCCUCAACUUAUUAGAGAAUUUAUAGUUAAUUUGCCAGCGGAUUUCAAUGACCCAAGUAGCCUGGAUUAUCAGAUGGUUCAUAUUAAGGGUUUCAAAUUUACAAUUUCCUCUACUGUGAUAAAUGGUUUUCUAGGAAAUGCUGUUUCGAUUAACUUUUCUCCAUCAUCCCCGUCAACUAAUGUUUUGGCUUCUGUAUUGCCUGGAGGGACAUUAUCCUCGUGGCCUGUGAAUGGUAUACCUGCAGUUGCUCUAAGUGUUAAGUAUGCCAUACUGCAUAAGAUUGGUAUUGCCACCGUUGGAUCAUUUGGAGUCAAGCUUCCAAUUGCUCUACCAAGGUUCUUUUCUGGUUUACUGCUACACUUAAAUGCUGCUGUAUUGACCACCUCGGAUGCACCUGGCCCUGAUCCUAAGACAUUAUCACUUAGCUACAGACUAUUUCAGGGGGGUCAUGUGCCUGACAUAGAUCAUGAUGUGCAUCUAUCUCGAGGGCCUCGAGUGUUUGAUACGAUAGACUGGGAUGAAGCUACUGAUAGGUUCUUUAUUGAUAAGGAGUUGGCUUACAGAAUUUUUAAUUCCCUUACAGUCGAGUCUCGUUCACUAGCUACUACCAUUAAUUUGAUGUCUGAACGGCGUUUGGAAAUCGACUCUCUUAUUCGUCAUCUGAAGACUUUUGCUCCUUCCUUAAGUCGAGGGGACCCUAAUACUGAUUGA